CCGGAAGCCGGGCCACUCUUGCUAGGCCAGGCGGAGCGGAGCCAAGAGGCACUUUGCAGUGUGGAGGUCGUUCGAGUCACUUGUCUGCCGCCUGCUCCUUGCCUUGCCGGUUCGCGCCCCGCCCGCCCCAGCCAUGCUCUCCGUCCUCGCCCGGCCUACCGGCGCCGCUCUCCGCCGCAGCUUCAGCACCUCGGCCCAGAACAAUGCUAAAGUAGCCGUGCUCGGGGCUUCCGGAGGAAUUGGGCAGCCCCUUUCGCUUCUCCUGAAGAACAGCCCUUUGGUGAGCCGCCUGACGCUCUACGAUCUUGCUCAUACACCCGGAGUGGCUGCAGAUCUGAGCCACAUCGAGACCAGAGCGACGGUGAAAGGCUACCUUGGACCUGAGCAGUUGCCAGACUGCCUGAAAGGUUGUGACGUGGUGGUUAUUCCAGCUGGAGUCCCGAGAAAACCAGGCAUGACACGGGACGACCUGUUCAAUACCAACGCCACGAUUGUGGCCACCCUGACCGCCGCCUGUGCCCAGCACUGCCCUGAGGCCAUGAUCUGCAUCAUUUCAAAUCCGGUUAACUCCACCAUCCCAAUCACCUCGGAGGUGUUCAAGAAACAUGGAGUCUACAAUCCCAGUAAAAUCUUUGGUGUGACAACCCUGGAUGUGGUCAGAGCCAACGCUUUUGUUGCACAGCUGAAGGGUUUGGAUCCAGCUCGGGUCAACGUGCCUGUGAUCGGUGGCCAUGCCGGGAAGACCAUCAUCCCCCUGAUCUCUCAGUGCACCCCGAAGGUGGACUUUCCCCAGGACCAGCUGACAGCCCUCACUGGGCGCAUCCAGGAGGCCGGCACGGAGGUGGUCAAGGCUAAAGCUGGAGCAGGCUCUGCCACCUUGUCCAUGGCGUAUGCCGGAGCCCGGUUUGUCUUUUCCCUUGUGGAUGCAAUCAACGGAAAGGAAGGAGUUGUCGAAUGUUCCUUUGUGAAGUCCCAAGAAACGGACUGUGCCUAUUUCUCCACACCAUUGCUGCUGGGGAAAAAGGGCAUCGAGAAGAAUCUCGGCAUGGGCAAACUCUCCCCUUUCGAAGAGAAGAUGGUGGCGGAGGCCAUUCCUGAGCUGAAGGCCUCAAUCAAGAAAGGAGAGGAGUUUGUAAAGAACAUGAAAUGAGAGCAGUUAGUGAGCGGUCCGCUUCCUUAACUUAUUAAGGCACCACGUCACUGUAAAGCCAUCUCGGACACCUCCGUAUUUCUAUUUGCUUUCAUGAUGAGUAGUAAGUCUACUAAUGUUACCAUCCCUCCCCCACUGCGGGCAGUCUCCUGGUGGAGCCAAAAGUCGGCUUUGAUUUUUCUUUUUCAAAGUCUCUUCCAUAAAUACAGUGCUUUCUUCCCCAUUAAAACUGACUUCAGAGUGUCUGGUGUUUCUUUCAUCACGAAUCAGAACCAGAUGUUUAUUUAAAUAUUAGACUGAAGCAAGACAGUUUCAUCGGUAGCUUCAAGAAAAUCUGAAAUGUUUAUCAGUAACUACUCCUACUCUGCACCAUUGCGUCCCUCAGCUGUGUAAACUGAAAGAAGGGUCAGCUCAGGCCAGUUCCUCAUAGUCCUUCCACCCAUGUGGGUGCCAGGCCACUUCUCUGUCCCUGGGUCUGUGCGGCAUUUCCCAGCUAAGCGAACGGCACCACCUUCUGCGUUAGAGCUGUCUUGGCUGACCUCUGGCCCCCUCUGAAUUUUCUCCUCUCCUGAUGGAGCCCUAAUACUUAGUGACAGUGACAUCCCACAGCCAAUAUGGUGAGGAAAGCUCGACAGGCAGGAACAGCCGAAAUGCGAGCUGCCGCGCAGGGCUGAAGACACUGCUGUGCUCGGAAAGGGGCCUGAAAGGGACAUUGUCUCACUAGCCGGGCUUAGAACAAAUGUGAGGAAUUAAAGGGAGACCUGAUUUCCUAUAGUGUUGGGCACUGUCUGCUCCCCAGAAGCCAUGACUUCUGAUAGAGAAACAGAACUCCAUGCCUAAGAGAACUUGCUGGCAGCAGGUGAUGGCCUUCCAUUGACGUGACGGGGCAGGUGGGGGUGGAACGACACCCGGUGGAUCUAAAACAUUUUACAAUCAAGUAUGAUGUCAUUGUCUUCUUAAAUGAGUAAUGUUCAUUGUUUAAAACCUGAAAUGGAGCCAAAAAAUAAAGCAGGAAAUACUCACUGGU